GAAUUGUGGGACAGUUUGUUUACGCAUGUGUUAGAAACAUGCCGAUUUCCGAUUCGUUUGACAAGUCUUUUGAGUUUAGGUUGGCUUAUAUCAUGCAUACAAAGUUCCAUAGAACUUCAUGAAAUAUGUCUGCCAGAAGUCAUGGAGAUGAUUUGAGCCUUACUGGCUCUCAGAUAUCAACAAGAUCAUCUCUGAAAAAAUCCUCAUCUGCAAGACAGCUGAACCGCCCUAGUUCUGCUGCAGGUCCUAAAACAUCACAAGGAGAUGGAGCCAAAUCCAGCGGUGUUAAGAGGAAUUCUUUCCAAGGUCAGGGAAAUAUAAGCCAGAGAAGUGACCUAUCAAUAUCAAGUAAAAAAGGCACACCAAAAGGAAAAUCACCUGGGGAUGAUUUCUUGGCUUUGUUUGAGAGCUCAAUUCAGCCCAAGAUAAAAACACCAGCAACGAAAUCCAAAAAGCCUGGACCCAAUGCUGUCAAAGUCCUAUGGCAGCAACCUCCUAAAAAGUCUCCCUCAGAUAGUGGAAUGAAUGGUGAGGGUAGUGUAUCUCCUAGUCCUGCACAAAAUGUAUUCCAGCCUCGAUCAUAUCGCAGCACGGAUGAUGAAUCUGAUGAGGAUAUUUUAUCAUCAAGCUACAGUAAAAUUCAAGCAUUACAGCAGCUUCAUGCACAGAAGCAAAAAUCUCCCUCUCCAAAUGACAUUUUAGGAAAUCUUGAUGCCUUGGUGAGAAUUAAGACUCCCACUGGGAAAAAGGACUUUAGUGAUGAUGUGACCGAUCUUCACAACAAAAAAGUUACCAGUUCUAAAUCAGACACUGUUACAAGGACUGCAAAAGGUGCUAAUAAUUUUGUGCAGUCAUCUACUGGAAUUGCAAAUAACAUGGUGAUGAAAGGGAAAUCUCCUAGAACUUCAUUUACAUCAAUAGAAAAUUCUUACCAGAACAUUAAACAUAAAAUGCCUGUAAACCAAGUGAAUGACAGACAAAUAAAUGGUGGUGCCAACAAUUCACAUAGCUCAGUAGGCAGAAACAUCGCCGAAGACUACAUACAAACUCUGAAUUCUGCUGCCACCAAAAUCCAGCGAUGGUAUCGCAAACAUAGACAAGAUAGUAGCCCUGGCUCUGAGAAUAGUGCCAGGCAGAGGGCUGGUGCAGCUGCACUCAAACGCUUGAUGCAGCAGAAGAGACAAGAGGUACAGGAGAGCCACAGUAAGCUGGACUUAUCAUUGCUCUCAGAGGAGGAAGCAGCCAAGGUGAAGGCUGAAGAGAGGAAAAAAACACGAGAGGAGAGAGCCAGGCAGGCAAGGCUGCAAGCCAUCCAGGAUUUGCACAAAAAGCGAGAAGAGAGAAGAGAUGAAGUAAAACGCAAGGCUGAGGAAGAAGUUGCCUACUUACAGGCCAGUGGUAAGAUCACCAAGACACCUUACAAAACAAACCUGGGCAAAAAGAAACCAGACAGAAACAAGAAAGUCAGCAACAAGGAGAAGGAUGAUGCAGUCUCCGAACCUCCCUCAACCUCACGCUCCAUACCCCAGAGUUCUCAGUCAGCUCAGUCCAGUGCCAGAUCAGUGAGCACGCUGAAAGGCGACCAGACAGACUCAGAAUUUGAGUCUGUCAGCAAUGUUCAGCAGUUGGACAGCAGACGAGAUCCAGUUCCUGGCAGUGAAGCUGGGACAAAGUCAACCCUCAACGACUUACUGGAAACCCUGAAAAAGUUGGAGGAAGACGAACACUUAGAGUCUCCAAAACCAGAGAAGAAAAAUGCCUGGUUGGAUGAGAUCGACAAGGAGCUGGAGAACAGCAAUCAGCUGACAUCGGAUAGGCUGCAGGAACUUGGUCAGUCCAGGGAGGGGCGGGGCCAGAGGGAGAAUUUACUGUCCGAUGACAAGCUCCGCAGCAUCAUGUCUUUCCUGGAUGAAGUUCAGGUGUCAGACAGACUGAGUGCUGUAGAUCAGGAACUAAGCAAGGCAUCUCAGGAUUACGAGAUCCCCCCUCCCCUGGUCCCGUCCGUGGAUGAGUUAGCAGAGCUGGAGAACGCCCAGGCCACGGCCAAUGAGGUGACGAGUACCGUCCUGUCUCAGAGGCUGGAGCUAGAGGAGAAGAGAAGGACCAUCACUAUGUUACAGAAGGCACUGAAUCAGCAAAGAGAAUUAACUAUAAGGCAUGCGAGAGAGACUGAGAAAGAAAUGAAGAAACGGCUUGAUGUACAAAAAGAUGAAUAUGAGGAAACAAUCAAAAGGCAUUUAUCAUUUAUAGAUCAGUUGAUUGAUGACAAGAAGAACCUGAGUGAAAAAUGUGAAAUGUUGGUCAAGGAACUGAAGACGGUGGAUAAGAAAUACCAAGAUAAAAUAAAGACUAUGGAUGAAAAGCAUGCAAUAGAUAUUCAGAAGAUCAAAGAUAUGCAUGAAGCAGCAGAAAAGUUGAGGCGAGAAAGAUGGAUCCAGGACAAAACUAAGAAGAUCAAGGAAAUGACAGUGCAGGGUUUAGAACCAGAAAUACAAAGGUUGAUAGCAAAGCAUAAAAAUGAAAUCAAGAAGAUUAAGCAGAUCCAUGAAGCAGAGAUUCUGGAAUCAGAUGAGAGAGCGGCCCAGCGGUACGUCAGAAUGACAGAGGAGCUCCGUGACCAGCUGGCCAAGGAAAAGGAGGCUGCUUGUGCCCGAGAAAGAGAACUAGCAAAGCAGAGGUAUGAGAAGGAGUUACAGAAUGAGGAGGAGGCAUACCAGCAGCAGAGGCGUCGUUUGUACCAGGAAGUCCAGGAAGAAAAAGAGCGUGUUGCUCAGCAAGCAUCUCGGCAGCGGACAGAGCUUGAUAAGCUCCAGAGACAGCUCGAGGACAGCCAUGCCCUGGCCCUUGCAGCCAUGAAAUCCGAAUUCGAGAAAGCCCGAGAAGAGCAGGAAAACAGACAUAAUAUUGAGAUUCGAAAGUUAAAAGAAAGACUGGCUGUUGAGAAAGCAUCAUGGGAAGAGAAUUAUAUGAAGAAGCAAGAGACUUGGAUGUUACAGAAAGAGAGGGAGCUGAAGGACCAGGUGCGUCGAGAUCGAGACAAGGAGAUUGAGCUAGUGAUCUCGAGACUCGAGGAGGAUGCUACUGCUAGUCGUGAGGAGACUGAAAAGGCAGCAGAGCACAGAAUUAGGAGAAUACGAGAAAAGUAUGAGAUGGAGAUGAGAGACCUAGAAAGAUCGGAGCAGCAAGCACUUGAGAAAUACAAUGAAAUGAAGGCUAGGCUAACUGAAGUGAGUGGUGAAAAUGAGUGUCUAUUAGUCAAGCUGAAUCAGAAAGACCAGGAGAUUGACAACCUACAGGAGCUCACUGACAAAAUGCAUCGUGAGAGGGAUCGAGUGUCUGAUAUCAUACGCCAAGAAUUUGCUGACCGACUGGUGGCAACAGAUGAAGAAAAUAAGCGUGUGAAAAACGAGAUGUCUGAAAUGAAGGCAAGACAUCGGAUAGAGCUGGAUAGAUGCAAGGAGCAAAUGGAGGACGUAAGGAAACAGAAAGACGAGGAGAUGGAGGAAGUCCACAAAAGAGUAAAACAAGCAAUUGUGAAGAAAGAGGAAGUGGUCACUCAAUUACGAGAACAAUAUAAUGCUGCUCAGAAGAGAGCAGAUCACUUGGAGGGCCUUCUACAACAACAGAGGAAGCAACUGCUGAGCAAAAAAUAACUUCCAGGAAAUAUAUAGAAAACAAGUUUUAUAAAACUGUUAAUAUAUAUAUAUUUAUAUGUUGGCUUCACAUGGGCAUUAGAUUAUAGAAUACAUGUAUUUAUUGAUACAUGUACUUCAGUAAGUACAGUACAUUUAUACAUGUAGCUUAAACAGUGCUUGGUAAGAAAUACAAAACAUUACAAUUUUAUGACAAGAAUUGUGCAUCAUACUUUUUGAUGAUAUUUAUUGCUUAAACUCAAUGCUGACAGUCCUCAGUAUUCUUUUUUAUAAAUGUAUCCAGCUUGAGAUAACCCUGUGGCAUCAAUUUCUCAAUAAUCGUCAUAGACUAGCUGCUAUUUUUAACAUUUAUAGAAAGAAUGGGUGGUCGAAACUUAGAUAUUACUAUAGGUAGUAGCCCUAGAUGUGGAAAUUCAUGUACAUGUACCAGUACUUGUACACCACAUGAAGUGUAUCUCUUGAUGGUAAAGUGCUCAGUUCAUGUUGUAUUUUUUGAUUUUAAGGAUUGAAACAAGACUUACAUGUAGUUUGAAACAUGCUCAUAUGUAUAAGUGUUGUGUAUGAAAUACAGGGCAAUCUGAGAUUUUAUUUAUUUUCCAUGCUCUGUUUUGUCUCAUUACUUUGAAAUGUCAUACUGAAUAUUCCAUCCAAUGUUGAGUCUGUGAUACAUUGCUUUAUUGUACUGUAAUAGGACAAGAAUUUGAUGUUUAUUAUCAAACUAAACACUUCAAAUUUUUGUCUCUCUUCUUAGAUUUACUGAGAGUUU